UCGCCCACUUUUUGGCGCUAGACAGGGAGCCCUUGAAACCGCCCAGCACUCAGCCUCGCCCUGUCACCCCACUCAUCAGCAACUUUCAAGCGCCCAAUAACGCAGGUAUCACGGGCAUAACCUUUCAUCUCGUCGACGGCUGAACUCUAUUUCGGAUUCAAAUUCAUCUCACGAACCAGGUGUUCGCUGGAUAAGCUUUUGUCUUUGAUUCUGUUCUUAUCGGACUUACGACUUUUUACAUCCGGCGAGCCUCACGUCGUAUUUCGAUCUACUUCAAACAUCUCGAGGAUUCAACCAACCUCGAGCUUUGACAAAGGACACCUCGUGCAACGCGAUUUCUAUCCAGACAUCGAGAAGUUCAUCUCCAGAACACCAUUCACAAUCACUGGCAUUGAAAUCCUAUCAAGAAAGAUCGAACUGCAUCAAACCCAUCAAGAUGGCCAAACUCGAAGAAAUCCACGGCGACUCCGAACCCCCGGAGCCAAUCCUGACAUCCGUCGUUGACGAGUCGCCCUCCGAACAAGCACCAACACCCAGUAUCCCUUUCCAACUCCGCCCCAAGCUCACCCCACACCCCUCCCUCCUCAAGCUACGCGAUGCCCUCAUCCACCCACACAAAUUCUCCGUUCCUAUGUUCCCGAAAUUCCCCCUCCUACCCGUCGAGAUCCGUCUGCAGAUCUGGGAAGCGGUCAUGGUGCCUCGAGUCCACGAACUCCAUCCCUGCGCAAAGCUCUACAACGACCGCAUGACCUUCCGUUCCAACGCCAGCCGCACCCCAUCUAUCUUCCACGCCUGCCAUGAAUCGCGAGAUGUCGCUCUCCAACACCACCAAUUGAUGGAGUACGAGCCGCCUCGAAGUGGGACAAGUGGGAAGGGAGUCUUGCGGUUCUAUUUCAACCCGGUUCUUGAUACGCUGCUCUUGAAUAGCUUGAUGGGGUUGUUCAUCAUGUUUAUGCUGCUGGAGGAUGAGGAAGAUUAUGUGGGUGUGGGCGUGAUGAAGGGCUGGCAGAGAGUGGCGUUUGAUGCGGAGCGUGCUCAGCUUAUUUCUCUGCUAUCGGGCAUUGCGGGACAUGCGCCACAGCCGCGGUUCAAGGAGGUGUUCCCUUCACUUAAGGAGCUUAUCAUUGCGUUCGAUUAUACGAGCAAGGGGAAGACGAGGUUCAGGACUUCGGUGUGGCCCGGGGAGAAUGGAACCAGUUUGAGGGAAUUGACGCUCCCGCCGCAACUGGAGACUGGUAUCUUUGAGACGAUCUUCAAACCGAUGAGGGAGUAUUUGGAGCAUGACUAUGCAGAGGCACCAAAGAUUGGGGUUGCGAAGGUUAAAAGGAAGGCGUUUAUUAGGGGGGACAUUCGAUAUGGGUUCCGGAAGACGUGCUCGUUCCUUGGAUUGAGGCCGAGAGGUGUAUUCAGGAGGUUGUGAUUCGAGGUGCUUAGAUUACAGGGCAUUUGCUGGAAGAAGAUAUACCAGGCUUGCAUUUGGCUUGGGCAUAGUAGGGAGAUACCUUAAGGAGCUACUUGGCAUAAUGGAGGAGCUGACUGGGUGGCCAAAUCUCUUCAA